AUGGACUGGGAGACUACCAAAGCUACCUCCUACAGUCAAAUAGCCUGUGAUGGUAGCGGAUUGUCAGCCGUCGCCCUGGGCGCAACACUGCAAAGAUGGUACGGCCACGACGAUAUUUGCUUCUUUGAACGGCAUCCAACGACUGGUGGGACGUGGUACAUCAACACCUACCCAGGAUGCGGCUGUGAUGUUCCCAGUGCUCUAUACAGCUUCUCAUUUGCCUUGAAACCUGAUUGGACGAAGCUGAUGCCGUCCAGCAAUGAAAUCAAAGAAUAUAUUGAUAGUGUGGUGGAUAUGUACGGUCUUCGUGAAAAGAUGCGUUUUUCAACGGAAGUUGUUCGUAGCGUUUGGAGAGAAGAUGCAAACAGAUGGCUUCUUUACCUACUGGAUCUCAAGUCAGGACAUGAAUAUACUCAUGAGUGCCAGAUUUUGUUUGCAGCCACUGGACAACUUGUCAAACCCCGGCCGUGUGAGAUCCCUGGCGCGUCAGACUUCCACGGGAGCAUCUUUCAUUCAGCACGGUGGGAUCACAGCGUCGACCUCGAAGGAAGGAAUGUCGUGGUGAUUGGUAACGGGUGUACUGCUGCCCAGAUCGUGCCUGCUCCGGUUAACGACGAGAAGGUCAAGUCAGUCACACAAAUCAUCCGAUCGAAGCACUGGAUAUUCCCAGCUCCAAACUUUACUUAUCCCCGCCUUUUGCAAUGGAUUUUUCGCAAUGUUCCAUUGAUGAUGCGGCUGCACAGACUCCAUAUUUUCCUUGUUGCUGAGAACGAUUUUCGUUUGUUUCCAAUGACCAACCGCGCGGCCACACUCAGGGACAAGCGACGGCGACAGGUGGAAAGGUACAUGCGCGAGGCGGGUCCGGAGAAGUAUCAUGAACUUCUUAUCCCAGACUUUGACGUUGGCUGUAAGAGGCGAAUCUUCGAUCCGGGCUACCUCAAAACCCUACACAGUGACAAGGUCGUCUUGACAGACGCGAAAGCUGAAAAUAUCACUACCGAUGGCAUCGAGACAGACAAAGGUUUGAUUCCAGCCGACUUAAUUGUUCUAGCGACAGGUUUUCAAACAAAUAGAUAUAUCCCCUAUAUGGAUGUUGUCGGACGCGACGGCCAAACUGUCUCACAAUACUGGGCCGAAAAAUACAAAGGACCAGCUGCCUACAACUGCUCUGUGCUCAAUGGAUUCCCUAAUUUCUUUAUGCUCCUAGGUCCAAACGCCGCAACUGGACAUAUACAUGGCGAUGCUGCUUCGGUAGAAGUAACUGCCAAAGCGGAACAUGACUACGUUUACUGGGUUCAAGAAGCAUUGCAGAAGCGUGUUUGGAACGCAGGAUGUGCAUCGUGGUAUGUCAACGAUAAGAACUGGAACUCCAUGUCCUAUCCUUGGACUCAAGGUCACUAUUGGUGGAGGAGUCUAUAUCCCAUAUGGUCUCAUUGGAAAAUUAAGGUCGGAUUCAAGGCACACACACAUUAUUCCCCCAAGGCGUUUCUUGCCACGAAUGCUGCUCGUGGCUCUCUUAUGCAUUGGUUCUUUGGGCAUUCUGCUCUCGAAGGGCAUUGGAAAGAUAUCUCUUGCCCAGCUCAGGAACUACUUGAUCUCGGCGCUGUCCGGGCUCUCCAGCAAGUAGAUUGA